AUGUCAAAUCGAGGUCGUGGUGGCUGUUACAAGUGUGGUGAAUCCGGACAUUUGGCUCGUGAUUGUUCUCUUAGCGCUGUCUGUCGAGAUUGUACAGAAACACCUAAAGACAAAACAUGUUACAAAUGUGGAGAUUCAGGUCACAUUAGUCGUGAUUGUUAUUCAGAUUAUCCGACAAGUAAUUCUGGAUCGAAAUGCUUCAAGUCUGGCCAUAUCGCACGUAAUUGCACGAAUGCUGAAUGCUAUAAGUGUGGUCAGGCAGGACAUAUUGCACGGAAUUGUGAAAUGAAUGACAAUUAUUACGAUGACUAUGGAAAGGUAUUCGAAGAAGUCACCUCGUUUUUAUCAAUAUUACAUCAAGCACUUCUUAAUCUUAACCAUUUUAUACCAGACCGGACAUAUUGCACGCAAUUUGACUGUGUCAAGGCUCAGAAAUGCUACAAUUGUGGUCGAUCUGGUCAUCUUAGUAGGGACUGCGAUUCUCCUCAAGGCUCUAAAGUUUGUUAUAACUGUCAAGAGGAAGGACAUAUUCGAAAAGAUUGCCCAAAGGUUGGCGCAGAUUAA